GAGCAGCCCCUCCCGUCGGCGCCCCCUCCCACCCCCUUGUCUGCCGGGGCUAUGGGGAUGGGGGCUUCUGGGUGGCCGAGGACCGCAUGCCUGAGACGCUGUGUGUGCGUGGAAGUGACCUCCCACUCCUGUGUGCCCCCGCGUGCUGCAAGCGUGGUUCCCACCAUAGCCAGGAGGUGUCUGUAGGUCUGUCCGGGGCUCUCCGCCUCUGUGCAGCCUCUGUGCAGCAGCUGUGAGCCUUUUCUGCGGGGGGUGGGGUGGGAGGGUAUGUGUGUCAUUUGCCGUGAAGUCCCCUCUGUGGCUCUGCGUCUUACCUGUGUGUCUGACUGGGAACGAACGAGGGUCUGGGACCCACCGUGGUCCUGUGCGUACAAUGUGCUCAUUCCAUCUGUGACUCCGUGUGCAAAUGCAAAUUAUGUCUGAUUAUGACUUGGUGUGUGUUGACGUGUCUCGUGCUCUAGUCCUGUUUGGCUGUGUGUGCAUGUAAUUUACCAUGAAGUCCCAUCUGUAGCUCCAAGUGUCACCGAGAAUAACCAGUGUAUGUCCCAUUGUGACUGUAGCAUGUGUACAAGUGGCUGGGGCUCUGCGUGUUCCACCAUGACCCUCUGUGCUCCUAUGUGUGUAUAAUUUACCUCUGAAAUGUUCAUUCAGCUCUGUGCGAAUGGAAGUGGCCUGUAUGUAUCCAUUGCUGUGUGUCUGGGGCUCUGUGUGUGUGGCUGUGACCCUCUGGCUGUGGCCCUAAUUCACCUCUGAUUCCAUCUUUGUGGGAAAGUCCUUGUGUGAAUUCAUUUGUGACACUGUUGUAUGUGCCUGGGCUUUUCUGUGUGCUGCUGAGACCCGUUAUGGCUUUGUGUUUUAAAAUCGAGACAGAGGCCCCUUGUGGCUCUCUGUGGGCCUCAGACCCUCUCUCCUGAGACCUUGGGUGUAACCUUGACUCUGGAGGUUGUCUCCCUGUCACGGUGGGUAAAGCAUGUCCUGUGCGUCACUUGGUGUCUGGCCACUGUGUUUUCAAGCAGUGUCCACACCUCCCCCACUCCCAGGAGCUGCAUUAUUGCUAAGUCCUUCGUGGCUGUGUGUCGGAGCUCUGCCCUAGAGUCAGUAACUUCUGUCACUUGUCACUUUAGAACUGGCCUUUACUUUGUCUUCCCUAACAGAUGUUGAGCACCAUGGGGGCAGAGGGACAGUUCAGAUGUGUAGGAUGGCUUCAUUUACCUUAGAGUUAUGUGUGUGACCAUUUUUUCACUGUGUGACACUGUAUGAAUUUUUUUCCUUUGAUACUUUAUUAAGACUCUCAUGGCUGUAUGUGUGCAUGCAUUUAUCCAGAACUUUCUGUUCUCCAUGUGACCCUCUGUACCUCUGUCUGUGUGUGUAACUUUUUUGAGACUUUGUGUAUGACUGUAACAUGUUUGUGAUGCUACAGUUAUGUCUGUAAUUAUUCUGGGACUCUGUAGCUCUGUGUGUAUCUAUAGUAUAUUUGUGACAUUGUUGUGAUGUAUAUGUGUAUUGAGAGGAGAGAGAGAGACAGAGGAAAGAGAGAUUUCUAGAAACUGUAGGCAAGUGCAGUAUACCUAUGACACUGGCUGUGUGUGACCCUCAUUGAUGGUCCCUUUUAUGCACGCCUGUGUAUGUGUUACACCAGAGGCAGCCCUAGGCCGGUUGAGGUUGAGGAAGCCUGAGGUAAGGUGUCUACAGUGGCAACCACCCCAUGCUCUUCCGAGUCCCCACCCCAUAACGGUCCCCCAGCCACUUCCUGGUCCUCCCUUCACUCUGCCACAGCUGACUGGAUUGGACAGCCCCUGAGUUCUGCCUGUUCUUGAGCACUUCCUCUUCUUCCUGCCCAACAGCAAAAGCUGGGGUGUGGGGCCUGCCCUGUCAGUGGGCCUUGAACCUGUCCUCACGUGGCCCUGCCACCAAACCUGCGGCUUGGGAGUAUAGAGCAAGUCUGAUUCAGGCCAGAGAGCAGAGGAAACUGACGUCCACCCAGGAAGUGGCAGCUCCCAGACUGGAAGCCCUGGAGAACUGCAAGUCCACAUCUGGCUUAGUCACACACCUGCUUGAAUCCAAGUUCUGGGAGGGGAGCGAGAGAGAGCCCAUCAUUCACUCAGCCACUGGGCACCCACUGCAUGCCAGCCCCGUGCACCACGCCCCACUCUGGCCGGAGCACUCCAAACAGCUCCCCAUCUCUCCGGAAGCGGCUGCAGCUUUUGCCCCCAAGCCGGCCCCCACCUGAGCCAGAACCAAACACCAUGGUGGAGAAGGGGUCAGAUAGCUCCUCGGAGAAGGGUGGGGUACCUGGGACUCCAAGCACCCAGAGCCUGGGAGGCCGGAACUUCAUCCGCAGCAGCAAGAAGAUGCAGAGCUGGUACAGUAUGCUGAGCCCCACAUACAAACAGCGCAAUGAGGACUUCCGGAAACUAUUCAGCAAACUUCCUGAAGCUGAGCGCCUCAUCGUGGAUUACUCCUGUGCCCUGCAGCGAGAGAUUCUCCUGCAGGGCCGCCUCUAUCUCUCCGAGAACUGGCUCUGCUUCUACAGCAACAUCUUCCGCUGGGAGACCACAAUUUCCAUCCAGUUGAAGGAAGUAACAUGUCUGAAGAAGGAAAAGACAGCCAAACUGAUCCCCAAUGCCAUCCAGAUCUGUACGGAGAGCGAGAAGCAUUUCUUUACCUCCUUUGGAGCCCGGGACCGCUGCUUCCUUCUCAUCUUCCGCCUCUGGCAGAAUGCGCUGCUUGAAAAGACGCUGAGUCCCCGGGAGCUGUGGCACCUGGUCCAUCAGUGUUAUGGCUCGGAACUGGGCCUCACCAGUGAGGACGAGGACUAUGUCUGCCCCCUGCAGCUGAAUGGUCUGGGCAGCCCCAAGGAGGUAGGAGACGUGAUUGCCCUCAGUGACAUCACCCCCUCAGGGGCAGCCGACCACAGCCAGGAGCCAAGCCCCGUGGGAUCACGCCGCGGCCGAGUCACCCCCAACCUUUCCCGAGCCAGCAGUGACGCAGACCAUGGAGCAGAAGAAGACAAGGAGGAACAGACGGACAGCCAGCCAGAUGCCUCCUCCAGCCAGACAGUGACCCCAGUGGCAGAACCCCUGAGUGCAGAGCCCACCCCUCCUGAUGGGCCCACUGCUCUGGGCCCCUUGGACCUACUGCCCAGAGAGGAGUUGUUGACAGACACAAGUAACUCCUCUUCAUCCACAGGGGAGGAAGGUGACCUAGCCGCUCUGCUUCCUGACCUCUCUGGCCGGCUCGUCAUCAACUCCGUCUUUCAUGUGGGUGCUGAGCGGCUGCAGCAGAUGCUCUUCUCUGACUCGCCCUUCCUGCAGGGCUUCCUACAGCAGUGCAAGUUCACAGAUGUGACCUUGAGUCCCUGGAGCGGGGACAGCAAGUGCCACCAGCGCAGAGUGCUAACAUACACCAUCCCCAUCAGCAACCCACUGGGUCCCAAGAGUGCCUCUGUGGUGGAAACACAGACACUGUUUCGGCGUGGUCCACAGGCAGGAGGGUGUGUGGUGGAUUCAGAAGUGCUGACACAGGGCAUCCCAUACCAGGAUUAUUUCUACACAGCCCAUCGCUACUGCAUCCUGGGGCUAGCCCGGAACAAGGCCCGGCUGCGAGUGUCGUCAGAGAUCCGCUACCGGAAGCAGCCGUGGAGCCUGGUGAAGUCCCUCAUUGAGAAGAACUCGUGGAGUGGCAUUGAGGAUUAUUUCCACCACCUGGAGCGAGAGCUCGCCAAGGCCGAGAAGCUGUCCCUAGAGGAAGGCGGGAAGGACGCCCGGGGAUUGCUGUCAGGCCUGCGUAGGAGGAAGCGACCCCUGAGCUGGAGGGGGCAUGGAGACGGGCCCCAGCUUCCGGACCCUGACCCCUGUGCCCGGGUGGGCAUGCACACCUCAGGCUCCCUCAGCUCCCGCUUCUCGGAACCAUCCAUGGACCAGGGCCCUGGGGCAGGCAUCCCCAGUGCCCUGGUUUUCAUCAGCAUUGUCCUCAUCGUCCUCAUCGCCCUCAAUGCCCUCCUCUUUUAUCGUCUCUGGUCCCUGGAGAGGACAGCCCACACCUUUGAGUCCUGGCACAGCCUGGCUCUGGCCAAGGGCAAGUUCCCCCAGACGGCCACGGAGUGGGCUGAGAUCUUGGCCCUGCAGAAGCAGUUCCACAGCGUCGAGGUACACAAGUGGAGGCAGAUCCUGCGGGCUUCUGUGGAGCUCCUGGACGAGAUGAAGUUCUCUCUGGAGAAACUACAUCAAGGCAUCACAGUCUCUGACCCCCCCUUCGAUGGCCAGCCACACUCUGACGAGAGCUUCUCCUGAGAUCCCCUGGCCACUCAGCCAUUCCCCAAAGUGGACAGAAGGACACACAGAACUCCGGCGGCCACUGCUGGCACGGUGUGAGCGCCGGGAACCUCCCCGCCCACCCUUCCCAGUGGCCUGACCAGGGGCCACACAGAUGUGGGGACCACAGAAGCGAGAUGCACUUUAGAACAGCGUGUGCGAGUCCAGCUGCCAUCGCCUGUCCAGCCCGGGGGCUGGCCUGGGCUUUAGCAGCCUUCCACUAACUUAUUUUGCUUGGCUGGGGUUUG